AUGAAGUAUCAUCCUAAAUUAACUGAAGAGGCUGGUGAGUAUUUGGUUCGUGAAUACGUGGAAAUGCGAAAAUUAGGUUCAGGCCGCGGACAGAUCUCUGCAUAUCCUCGUCAACUUGAGUCACUUGUGCGUUUAGCUGAAGCUCAUGCUCGUUUACGUUUAUCAAAUCAAGUCACCGCUGAUGAUUGUCGUGAAGCGCGGCGUUUACAACGAGAAGCUUUAAAACAAGCUGCUAUCGAUCCAGCUACUGGUAUCAUCGAUAUCAAUAUCUUAACCACAGGGAUCAGUAGUAGUGUGCGUAAACGACGCGAAGAAAUGGCAAUGGCAAUAUGGUCUCUUCUUGAGGAGCGUCCACGUGUGCUCACUUUCGUUUAUUCUCGUGUACUAGAAGAAUUACGUGCACGUUCCGAGCGUAUGAUUACACGUGAAAAUUUCGAGGAUGGAUUGAAUUUUUUGAAAAACACCAAUAAAAUUGAUUGGGCAGGGAACACAAUACGCAAACGCUAA